AAUACUGCAUUAAGCACUUAAAAUGCAGUGCACAUGGUGAUGUUUUGAACUUAAUUUACUUCUUAACUUAACACAUUCUGAGCGUCUUUUCGGAAAGCCAGUCUUCCUCAGAAGAAGGCAAUGUGUUCUCAGAGGAUCAUGAGGAUUUCUGCAGCCCCUGCUCGCCCCCCAGCCCGCUGUCUGUGACCGGAAACACCGCACUUCUCUUUCUUUAUUCUUUAAGUAAGCUGUGUGAGAUGCGACGCAUGCUUACUCAUAACAAAGUUCUGCGGAUGUGACAAGAAACCUCCUGGCAAGGCGAAUUGCUCUGUCACAGGAAGGAGAGAGAGAGAGAGAGAGAGAACUCAUACCUAGAGGUGGAAUGGAGAGAAAGAAUCACACCUGUGAGACCAUUUUUUCCUGGAUAUGCAAGUUCUCCAUGCUUUUGUUUACAGUCUCCGCUCCAGAGCCCAAAAUUACAGGCUGUGAGCUCCUGGAGCACGCGAACAUCACCUGUUAUUGGACUGCGCACAAUUCGGAGAACAUCAGUUAUGUGAUGCGGGUUAACACGUCCAAUUGUAUGAACAAUAAAAUCUCUAUGGAUUCCUGUCAUACCACGUACACCCAGUGCUCGGUGAAAAUCGGAUCGGUGUCUCAUUGCUUCUGUGUGGACCUGCUGGUGUUCACUAACUCCACAUCCAUCAGAUUACCACCUUACUGCUUCAACGGGAUUAAUGAAGUGAAGAUGUACACACCGCAAAUCACAACGCUUGCCACAUUGCCGGAAAAUUCCACGUGUCUGAGGCUGGAGUGGAAAGAGCCGCGAUCUGAAUAUGUGCAGUCCGAGAGGAACCAACGUAUCCUACAGAUAGAGUACCAUACUCCUCAACAGGUCUACUUUCCCAAAGUGGACGUUGUUCUUCAUGACUGGCAGAAAAACUUGUGUGACUUACAUCCAGGAACGAAGUACUUGGUCAGGGUUCGAGCUCAGGACUCGAGGGCAAAGAAACACUGGAGUUCCUGGAGUAGCUUUGCAGAGGCCACCACAGCAGAGGCUGCCCCACUGGCUGCCCCAGAGCUGUGGAGACACAUCCAGCCAGGAAAUAGGCGUGGACAAAGACGUAUCACAUUGCUCUGGAAGCCUGUCCAGUGGCCACACACUAAUGGCGUGAUCCUACGCUAUGCCGCAUCAUGCUGGGACGAGCGGGACUACUGGGACUGCGGUCAUCUUGAUUCUUGCAACACUUCUUGCAUCCUUUUUGUCUCUCCUCGUGCCUGUAACUGCAACCUGACUGCAUCUAAUUCAGCCGGGACAUCACCAUCAGCUCACAUAUACAUACCUGGAGACAAGGACGCAGAGCUCCAAGCCCCUGAAAGCAUCAGUUUCAAUGCUUUGGAUGACUUCCAGCUGAAGGUGGAAUGGACAGCGACAGCGAACCAAUCAGAGUCCAGAUUUGUGGUCGAGUGGUUUCCAAUCCCAAACACCACAGUGGUUGGUUUAUACUGGAAAAUCCUGAACGGCUCAGAAAAAAGCUUUAUCAUUACAGAAGGAGUUCAUCCUGAGAUCCCGUAUAACGUUUCUGUUCGAGUUCUUCAUAAUAACACAGCUGGAGCGGCAAGAUUUGGCAUUGCCUUUACCAGACAAGGAGCCCCCUCUGUUGGCCCAAAACUGGAUGUGCUACAGACGUCAAGCAAUGAUGUGACUCUGAAGUGGAGCCCUGUUCCUCUCGAGAAACUGCAUGGAUUCAUCCAAAACUAUACUGUUUUAUAUGAAUACAAUGGCGAAGUGAAAUUUCAUGUGCUAAGUGGCGACGCUGAGCAGUUGUCUCUAAACGGUCUGUCUCCUGGACAGUAUGCCAUGUGUGUGAAGGCCUACACACUGGCAGGGGGCGCUGAAAGCCCAUGGGUCACUGUGACUGUAGACAGUGUUCACAUACCAGUGAUGGCCAUAGUGUUGUGCACCACAGGGACUUUGUUGGUUUUAGUCAUUUUGCUCAGCCAGGCUGAAAGGAUUCAGCAGUGUCUCUAUCCAGUCGUCCCUGACCCAUCUAAGAGCAGCCUGUCCACCUGGCCUCCCGUCUCUCGGCAUCAGCCUAAGCUGCCGAUCGUGAACUUCAAACCAUCUCCCCUUCUCUUUGAGCCUAUCUGCAUGGAAGCAGAAGUAACAAGCGAUCAUCAUGACCACUACCAUGAGGACAGCAAGUUCCAGGCUUUCAGCCAACUAACAAGUAAACCAGCCUGUAAAGAACUUUUACGAGUGCCUGAGCAAACGUUCAGCGAACCAAAUGCUGAAGAACUCACCGAAGAGCUAAUCACUGACCUCAGCUAUCAGAAUGGUGUCAUGGGAACACCACAGUGCUGUCAUCAUGUAUCUUCUAGUUGUCAAGAAGUUCUUGACCUUGGAAUAGCUACAGUAGAUUCAGUUUUCUGUAAAAGUAACAUCAAGCCGAGCUUGUACUCCAGUUAUAUAAGAUUAGAGUCCGGUUCUGAAACUCCUGUCUCUUCUGACUGUCCACCACUCUCCAAGUCUUGUCUCAGAGUGGACACGCUGGACUCGGAUGAUCUUUUCUUCGGAAGGAACACUAGCACUGUGUCCAAAUUAAAGACUUUUUGCUACACCCAUGUAUCUACUAGUUAUCUCCCAGGUGAUGAUUCCUAUAUUGACUUUAGACCAGCAGCGGAAGAUUCGACUCAUCUUAUUGGAAAAAAUUGCUACUUUUCAAGACUGGAGUCCAGUUGCUACAGCCAUGUUUCAGCUAGUUAUCUUCCUAUCCCUGAGCCUUCACUAGCUUACGCUGAUUUUGUGACCGUGAACACUGCUGAUGUUCUCCAUCAGAAGAGCUGUAUGCCAAAAAAGGGGGCUGGUGGUUACAUUCACCUAUCUACAAGUUAUCUACCGCUCCCCUUGACUCAUUCCACAAGAGACUUUACUAAUAGUGUUCGUGAAAAUAAUUCGAUGUCAGGAUUAAAGUCUUGCAUCUACAAGCAGAUACAGAUUAGCUAUCAAAAAUCUUGUCCUGAUUUUGAAAUAGAGGAAGUAUACAGGCCACUGAGUCCUGAGGAAUGCCCUCUUUCUUUGCAGUUUUCCAUACAGAAGCAGUACUAAUGGCAUCACAGAGCUGCUCAAAACAUGAACAUGUACACUUGCUCGUGUCAUGGUUGACCAGGCGUUGCAUGCUUGUGUGUGUUUUUUUUUUUUUUAGUGGCACUCCAAGAAUGCUUGCUUUUAUUUACCAUCAGCAACUGAUUAGUAUUUAACAAGUCCAUCAAGCAGAGGCCAUUCGUCACAAUGCUGAGUGGCAAACACACAAUGGUUAUGUUACAGCCAAAAAUCUCACCUCUUUUUUAUUAUUUAUUUCUUUAUUUAUUUUGAGAGCCCAGUCCAGGUUUGCCAGAGGGUUAUGCUGCAUUUGGGUGCUCAUGAGAAGAUCACACAAACUGGAUCAUUUCGUAAAUACGGUUUUACAUUAAGAUAGGUGUCGCAAGCUAUGGAUAAAAGAAGGAAAGAUGUUUUUCACUGCUAAAUAGAAACAAGUAGAAAUAUUUGUGCUUAUUGCAAUGAUGCACAAAUACAGACUGAAACGCACUAGCUGUUUGUUUGUUUUUUUCACUUUUAGCUUCAUCUACCUCACUAUAACCUGCUUAAAUGUCAUUUUUUAUUUCAAUAUCAAACACCUAUUCAGAAACAUCCGUACAUGCUGGCAUGUUUACUCAUUUUCAUUGCCGGAAAAACGGAAGACGUUACGUUAAAACGUGAUAUCUUGUGAACUAAUUUCCACGUACUCGUUCCCAGUUUCCAUUGCCACUCAAAUACAGGGUUAGUCUCAGCCCCAGAUGCUCCACCCAUGGGCCACACACCAUCUGGCGUCUUUUGUACACUUUCUGGACAAAAGCUGCAGGAUAUUUAACAGUUAUUCCACGAAAUCGAGUCGUACAUGAACUGAUAGCCGACGAGGUGCAUAGCACCAAGUUGGCUAUAAGCCAUGUACGACGAGAUUUUUCUGGAUUUUGAGAGAAACAGCAUUUUUAUUUUUUGCAAAUUCAAUAAAUAAAACCUUUAUAUAAAACGUCCGACAAAAUCAUUUCCGCUUAGAAUGUUAACAAACCGGUGAAAUGACGGAUGCAAUUUGUGAAAAAUGCGAUAAUAAUAAUAAUUCUUGAAAAAUAAAAAUAGUUACGUUCUUACUAUGAAAUAUCUCAUCUCAUUAUCUCUAGCCGCUUUAUCCUGUCCUACAGGGUCGCAGGCAAGCUGGAGCCUAUCCCAGCUGACUACGGGCGAAAGGCGGGGUACACCCUGGACAAGUCGCCAGGUCAUCACAGGGCUGACAAAUAGACACAGACAACCAUUCACACUCACAUUCACACCUACGCUCAAUUUAGAGUCACCAGUUAACCUAACCUGCAUGUCUUUGGACUGUGGGGG